AUGCGUGAGAUCGUUCACCUCCAGACCGGCCAGUGCGGUAACCAAAUCGGUGCCGCUUUCUGGCAAACCAUCUCUGGCGAGCAUGGCCUUGACGGCUCCGGAGUCUACAAUGGCUCCUCUGACCUUCAGCUGGAGCGUAUGAACGUCUACUUCAACGAGGCCAGCGGUAACAAGUAUGUGCCUCGUGCCGUCCUGGUCGACCUGGAGCCCGGUACCAUGGACGCCGUCCGUGCCGGUCCUUUCGGCCAGCUUUUCCGCCCCGACAACUUCGUCUUCGGUCAGUCCGGUGCUGGUAACAACUGGGCCAAGGGUCACUACACCGAGGGUGCCGAACUUGUCGACCAGGUCAUUGAUGUCGUCCGUCGUGAGGCUGAGGCCUGUGACUGCCUCCAGGGCUUCCAGAUCACCCACUCCCUCGGUGGUGGUACCGGUGCCGGUAUGGGUACCCUCCUGAUCUCCAAGAUCCGUGAGGAGUUCCCGGACCGCAUGAUGGCCACCUUCUCCGUCGUGCCGUCUCCCAAGGUGUCCGACACUGUCGUUGAGCCCUACAACGCCACUCUGUCCGUUCACCAGCUUGUUGAGCACUCUGACGAGACCUUCUGCAUUGACAACGAGGCCCUGUACGACAUCUGCAUGCGCACUCUGAAGCUGUCCAACCCCUCUUACGGUGACCUGAACCACCUGGUCUCAGCCGUCAUGUCCGGUGUCACCACCUGUCUGCGUUUCCCUGGCCAGCUGAACUCUGACCUGCGCAAGCUGGCUGUCAACAUGGUUCCUUUCCCUCGUCUGCACUUCUUCAUGGUCGGUUUCGCUCCUCUGACCAGCCGUGGUGCCCACUCGUUCCGUGCCGUCACUGUUCCCGAGUUGACCCAGCAGAUGUACGACCCGAAGAACAUGAUGGCCGCCUCGGACUUCCGUAACGGCCGCUACCUGACCUGCUCUGCCAUCUUCCGUGGCAAGGUCUCCAUGAAGGAGGUCGAGGACCAGAUGCGCAACGUGCAGAACAAGAACAGCAGCUACUUCGUUGAGUGGAUUCCCAACAACGUGCAGACUGCUCUCUGCUCCAUUCCUCCUCGUGGUCUCAAGAUGUCGUCGACCUUCGUCGGCAACUCCACCGCGAUCCAGGAGCUGUUCAAGCGUGUCGGUGACCAGUUCACUGCCAUGUUCCGUCGCAAGGCUUUCUUGCACUGGUACACUGGCGAGGGUAUGGACGAGAUGGAGUUCACUGAGGCUGAGAGCAACAUGAACGACCUCGUCUCCGAGUACCAGCAGUACCAGGAUGCCUCCAUCUCGGAGGGCGAGGAGGAAUACGCUGAGGAGGAGCCCGUUGAGGGUGAGGAGUAA